CGCAUACAUAAUUUCACUAUAUUUGCAAACUGAAUACACAAUAGGAUGUUAGGAUAGGCAACUUCUCGGGAACAAAUAAUGAGCGACUACACGUUGUCGAUCGGCAUCGAAGGAGACGGAGAGGAUCCUAAUCAUCGCUCGCACUGGGGAUUUCUGAUCUACCGUCCAGAAAAUGAGAUCGGCACCCUUCUGCACGUCCAGCUCCUUUCGUUCGAAGGGUUGAUAUACCAAUACGAAUCUCGAACCGGGUAUCCCUUAGAGAGCCAGACCAGCGAGGGCCGAGUGCUACUAGGCGAUAUUAACCCCUCGAGGUACAACCAAGUUGUUCAAAUCAUAUCCGGGGAACCCGCACCUAGGAAUAACCAGGAUCGAUGUCAAGAUUGGAUAUUGGAUUGCGUGAUAGCGCUUGAAGCCGAAGAACUGCUUCCUGCGGCCACCUCACAAUGGGUUGCGAACCUUGUCGGAAAGCCAUCUAAGGGGGUAGUAAAUUUAGUCGGAGACAGAUGGAUCCCGGCUAGGAGAUAAUAUGGACGGGAAGAAGUAUCAACUACACUGAAGCCUCGCUCAAAUUCCGCAGAAAUCAUGCGUUCAAUUGUUGCCGGACUGCCGAGAUUUCGACUCGAAAUACUCCGUUCAUAUAUGCCUUGAACCCUGAGAUACCCAAACCAUGGCUCCGGGGCGGAGGAUGGAGAGGGGUAAAACGAAGCGAGUUUAUUUUGGUUUAGAGGCAUUUGCAUGUGCUAACGUGCAAGUCCCAACAAUAUUGUAGCCCAUCCAUCGUACCCCAGGAAAGCCCGGUCUCGGUUAACAACGACAUGACAGUUUUGCAAAGCAUGUCGAACGAUGUGAAUUGAGUUUGAAUAGCUGGGACGGGGGCCGGGCUACCCUUGCAUAAGCGAGCUUUCGUCAACCGUCAGCAGGCGAUCAGACCACAUUCGAAGAUCUCGACAGAAUCCCAACUGUU